AUGCCAGAUAAUGCUCCUAUCACGGCUCGCCAACUAUGGGGCCAGAUGAACACGGCCACGGCCACGGCUACCGCCAUAGCAGCCACGACCACCGAGUCAGGCUUAUGGUGUACGCCGCUGAUAUUGCCCUCCGGAGGCGUAAUUAUCUUUGGUGAGGAAGAGACAACCACCCUAGAGGCCCGCGUUACCUUCAAACUUCCUUGCGAAAACCCAGAUCCCAUCAUUAGCCCCGACACCACUGGCAAUGCCUCGGUCAUUGGGUUUCAAGACCCUUUCUACGCCUCUAUAUCACCUCAGAUCUAUGUCCUGUCUGCCACCACCGUCAUCAGUUACAUCCUCGUCAUCCUCAUCUUCAUUACUCCCCGAACCUUCUUCAUCGGUGGCCCUGGCGGUGGUUCUGGAUUCUUAGGUCGAAGGGGCAUGCUCCCAGGCUCUCAUGGCUCCUCUCCUAUCAUUGGUGUUGGCCGCCGGCCUCUCCUCCAGAAGAUCGCCACCGUCACAGUCGCUGUGUCCUUGACCAUUGCAACUGCCGACACCUUCCAAGUAGCCAAGUCUCAGUACAACGAAGGCUACAUGGACUCUAGUUUGUUGGUGGACGAUGUCGUCGGCAGUAUCGAGAUCCGUAUUAUCCGCGUUAUAUCCGACACCUUUCUCUGGCUUGCCCAGGUUCAAACCUUGAUUCGCCUGUUUCCCCGCCAUAAGGAGAAAGUGACCAUAAAAUGGCUGGGAUUUGCCAUGGUAUCCUUCGACACCAUCUUCUCUAUCCUCGACUCCUUUGUCAGUGGCAACUCUCGAGUACGUCCAAGGAGUUUCCAAGACGUUAUCCCUGCCCUCAACUAUCUCUUUGAACUUUCCAUCUCCAUUAUAUACGCCUCCUGUGUCGUCUAUUAUUGCCUCUCCAAACGUCGCUUCGCAUUCUGGCACCCCAAGAUGAAGAAUAUCUGUCUGGUUGCUUUGAUUUCCCUUAUAUCUGUUGCGAUUCCAGCUGUCUUUUUCGUCUUGGACAUUUCUCAGCCAGAUCUUGCCGGUUGGGGUGAAUACAUUCGUUGGGUGGGUGCUGCGGCGGCGAGUGUGGUGGUCUGGGAGUGGGUCGAACGCAUCGAAUCUUUGGAAAGAGACGAGCGUAAAGACGGCAUUCUAGGACGCGAAAUCUUCGACGGGGAUGAAAUGUUACACAUGACUCCUUCUGAUGACUCCCAUUGGCGUGGUCAUGAUCACAAUGGGGGUGAUGAUGGAGGUCAUCGGAAGGGCAUUACUGGAGGAAUCGCUGGCCAAUAUGACCGUCUCCGCGCACGCCUGCCGCUCAGAAAGCGUCGCAGGGUGGGUCCGUCGGACGGCAUCACACCAGGGACCGAUGCGCUUGGUGUUACUUCGUCGCGAAUGCCAGGUAAUUCUCAGAUGGUCCACCCGGCCGAACAGCUCGUCACCCCCAGCCGCAGUGACACCGGAAGCGCCACGAGCACUGUCUACGCAAUACGUUAUCACAACCUCACCAGCCCCUCCCCCAAUUUCCAACAAAACGUCUCUGAACCUCCCCAACAAGGUGCUGGAGUUGUCGACGUCCCAAAGACUGUUUCCGAUCCAUCGGGCUCAGAUACUACACCUUCUGCCGCUGAUAAAGAAAUGGCUCUCAACACACCUACUACCAAAACCGAGCCUGAAACCGGUCGGAAUUUAUCUCGUCAAAUCUGGCAGGCUGUCCCCAACCCUUUCAAACGACGGCGUGCGGAACCACCGGCUGAGGUGGCCGAUGCUCAAAUUGCGAGCGGCAUUCGACGGUCACCAAUCGAUAGCCGGAUGAACAUGCGUGGACGGCUCGAGGCAUUUGCAUCGGCCCAGAGGGAUCGCUUUUCUAAUCGAGGCACUGUGAGCGUCGCUCCCCUGCCAAUUACAGUUAUUCCCGCUCCGAGAACCAACGACCGCACCUGGUCCCCAGAUGAUGUUCGUGACGGACGACCGUCUGAUGCUUCCAAUGAUCAGAGCCCAGAUUCGGGUGGCGGAAAUCCUCAGACAUUGACAUCAGGAGCAGCCCAAGGACCUGGCAUUUUAGUUAUCCCCGCCCCCUCUCCUGGUCGAACUUGGUCUCCUGAGGAUGCAGAAAAUCCCGGCAGCCAGAGCACUCCAGCUCAGAGGGUGCAGAGGCCUCCGACAGCAGCGAGCUCCAUACCAACAAGCCGCAAUUUGGAUGGAUCUCAAACUGUGUACACCUCGCGAGGGUCACUGAUUAUUUCGGAAAGCGAUUCGAGAGCUUAUUCGUCCCCAAGGAGAUCGACGUACAUACGGCCUCCAAGCACCGUUCCGGAGGAAUCGGUGGUGGACGAUGUCGCUGCAUCAGAACGAACCAGACCAGCUGAUCCUCCGCCCGUUGUACCUGACGAUGAGACACGCUCUGGCACUGAUGCGCCAACGGUAUCAUCUGGAUCUUCGACAACGAUCGUGCCAGAUCCUCCUUCGCCGGAUGAGCCACAGGCCUUGACCUCUACUCACACUGCCACUGAGGAGCGAAAUACGGAUGGUUCAACUGGACCACCUUGA